GCCAUUGAUCGCAUCACAAGACAUCAUGUCAUCCCGAAGGCCUAAUCUCACCGGCUUCGACACAGCCAAGUUCGCAGCAGCAGCUGGCCAACCCGCGAACGACCCAUGGGCAAGGCACGAGGCAUGGCGAUACACAGGUCCCUUUACACGGUGGAGCCGGCUAAGAGGUGCCUUCCCUGGCCUCGGCAUCGCGACAGUGGCCUUUGCCGGUUACAUGGUCUACGAAACCCUCUUUAUGUCACCAGCACACGGACACGGCGAUGAGCACCACGGGGAGUCGCACCAUUGAGCAGCAUCCGCAGACUGCGCGCGAGGGUGAUUGAGUGCGGCGUGUGGAGGUAGCGAAGGAAGAAAGCAAUGGGUGAAGAUGUACCAUGCAUGGCAAACGGCGUUAAGGCGAAGAGCUACUGAACG